UCGCCCGCUUCCCGCCGGACCCCCACCGAGGCCCAGACCGCAGCAGGCUCCUCCGGCUGCCGCUCGGUUAAAAAUGGUCUCCAGGAUGGUUUCUACCAUGCUGUCUGGCCUAGUGUUUUGGCUGACUUUUGGAUGGACUCCAACAGCUGCUUAUAGCCCGAGAACCCCCGACCGGGUCUCAGAAACAGAUGUCCAGAGGCUGCUGCAUGGUGUGAUGGAGCAGCUGGGCAUUGCCAGGCCGCGGGUGGAGUAUCCAGCUCACCAGGCCAUGAACCUUGUGGGCCCACAGAGCAUUGAAGGUGGAGCUCAUGAAGGUCUGCAGCACUUGGGUCCCUUUGGGAAUAUUCCAAACAUCGUGGCAGAGUUGACUGGUGACAACAUUCCUAAGGACUUCAGUGAAGAUCAAGGCUACCCGGACCCUCCAAAUCCCUGUCCUGUCGGAAAAACAGAAUGGACUUUCUCCAAGAAGCCAAAAUCAUUUCUAAAGAGCUCACCCAAGAGAAAACAGAUAGAUGAUGGAUGUCUAGAAAACACCCCUGACACGGCAGAGUUCAGUCGAGAAUUCCAGUUACACCAGCACCUUUUUGAUCCAGAACAUGACUAUCCAGGCUUGGGCAAGUGGAACAAGAAGUUCCUUUAUGAGAAGAUGAAGGGAGGACAGAGACGCAAGCGGAGGAGUGUCAACCCAUAUCUACAAGGACAGAGACUGGACAACGUUGUUGCAAAGAAGUCAGUCCCCCAUUUUUCAGAUGAGGAUAAGGAACCAGAGUAAAGUGAAGAUGCUGAGUGGAAAGUCACACGACCUGUGAGACCUCCUUGGUAUUGCUUAUGCGCACGUGUUGUUAGAACCCCUGUGAAUGGCAGCAUGUUUCCAGUUUAGACAACUAUGGAUGAAAAGCAGCUGUAUUUUGAUAUCGUGCUGUCCUUCACACCGAUAGCUCUGCUUUCUGCUAAAUUAGGAUGAGCUUUUUUUUCUUUAAAUGUGGAUCUGCAAUGAGUAUUAAAAUUAAAGUAUGUACAUCAACAACAAUAAAAAGCAAAUGAAUGAAAUGUCCUCCAGUUUCUUACAGUUUAAAAUGGUGUUUUGGCCAAGUCUGUAAAAAGCUGGCAUUUGAUUUUGAUUAUGUAGUUCAUCCAGCCCAGGGGCAUUGUUACACACCAGUAAAGAAGACUGUACCCAGGAGGAGGAGCUGACACGUUUCACUUGGCUGCAUCUUGAUAAAUGUGUAUGCAAGCA